AUGGAGAAUAAUAUUAUCAUUCAUAUAGUUGAUUUUUUAAAGGAUUAUGCAUUUUCUAAAUUUUCUAAAGAGCACGGCCAUUCCGAUGAAGAUAUUGAGGAAUUCCAAAAAAUUGCAGAUAAAACUCAUAAACAUUUAACUUCUACUGGAGAACAUGAGGCAGAUAUCGACCAUGAAGCAAUGCGUAAUAAGCAUAAGAAAAUUUAUGAAUCAGAAGAUGAUGAAGAUGAAUCAGAACACUCCAAUGAAGAUCUUGGACACGCUGCAGCUUUUGAAGCAAUGAAAAAAAUGGGUGGUGGCGAUGGCGAUGGCGGGUCAUUUGAUAAAUCUGCACUUCUUUCAUUAGCGAUGAGUGAAGGCAUGAAGCUUUGGCAAAGCAGAAAAUCUUCUAGUGGUGGAGGCGGAAAAGAGGAAAUUUUGCAAGGUGCUUGCUCUAUGGCGAUGAAACUAAUGAAUAAAGGUGGUGAUGAGGGUGGCGGUAGUGGUUUAGCCA